GGCCAAGCGUGGGUCGGUGCAGUGCGGAGCCAUGGCGAAACGGGCGGCGGGCGCCCAUCGGCCCGGGGCCCUAAAGCAGCAGAACAAGCCGCACAAGGCCGGAAAGCACGGCGGGAGCAACGCGCGGAGGCAGGGCGGCCGGAUCCCUGUCAAGACUCUCAGCCGCCAGCAGCACCGCAGCUUGGCCAAGUUGGACCGCAAACACCGGGCCUGGCAGCUCCGCAGGCAGCACAGGGGUGUGGUCCUGGAAGAGAAGAGGAGCCUGGGGCGCAAGGAUGGGCCACCGCACUUGGUGGUGGUGGUUCCCCUGCAUGCGCACGUUGCUGUCCAGGGUGCCCUGAGCCUCUUGCGGAGUGACAAGGUCUCUGCUGUCUUUCCGACUGAGAUGGGCCCACAGGGGUUCACCUUGCUGAGCCCCUCGUCCAAGCUGCGGUGGCGUUUUGCGGUGGCUGAUGCAGGGAACCUCCACGCUGUACUGGAUCUUGCCAAGGUCGCCGAUACGCUCCUUUUCGUACUCGAUCCCCUCGAAGGCUGGGAUGCUGUGGGCGACAACUGCCUCUCCUGCAUCUUUGCACAGGGGCUCCCUAGCUACGGCCUCGCUGUUCGAGGCCCCGCUGACCAGCCCCCGCAGAAGCAAGCUGACUGCCGGAAAAAGCUGAGCAAAGCCCUUGUGAAGAGGUUCCCCGAGGCCCGGCUGUUCCCUCUCAACACCCCACAGGAGUCCGCACUGCUGCUGCACCACCUGGCCAGCCAGAAGCAGCGGCACCUGGCCUUCCGAGACCGGCGGGCCCACCUGCUGGCCGAUGCGGCCGAGUUUGUGCCUAGUGCGGAAAACGCCUCCGUAGGGACCCUGAAGGUGUCCGGCUACGUGAGGGGCCGGCAGCUGAAUGUGAACAGUUUGGUGCACAUUGUGGGACAUGGGGAUUUUCAGAUGAGUCAAGUGGAUGCCCCCCGAGAGCCCUUUGUGCUGAGCCCCCGAGUCACGAAAGGGCAGGAAAGGAGCGUGGAGGUGCAGGGUGCCCUUGUCUGUGCAGCGGAGGAGAUGGAGGAAGAUGGGAAGGUGCUCAGCACGGCCAAUCCCAGCAAGCAGGAGUCCUUGCAGUCAGAAGCCGUCCCUGAUCCCAUGGAUGGAGAGCAGACCUGGCCCACUGAGGAGGAGCUGAGAGAGGCAGAGGAGUCCCUUGAGCAGCGCCAGAAGGUGGCCAAGAGGGUCCCCAAAGGCACGUCUGCCUACCAGGCCGCCUGGAUCCUGGACGAAGAAGAGCAGGGAACUGGCAGCGAGGAGGAGGAGGAAGAGGAGGAUUCUUUCGAAGGUGCCGCUUCCCAGGAUGGGGGCAGCAGUGCAGAGGACAUGGCCGAGGAGGAGGAGGAGGAGGAGGAGGAGGCUGUGCCACUUUCGGAAACUGAGCAGGAGGAUGAGAGGAUGGAAGACGAGGCCAUGCUGGAGAAGUACAGGCAGGAGCGGCAGCAGGAGAUGUUUCCGGAUGAGGUGGACACGCCCCGGGAUGUGCCGGCCCGGACCCGGUUCCAGAAGUACAGGGGUCUGAAAAGCUUCCGGACGUCUCCCUGGGAUCCCCAGGAGAACCUGCCCCGGGACUAUGCCCGGAUCUUCCAGUUCCAGGACUUCUCCCGGACAAGGAAGCAUGUCUUCCGGCAGCUGGAGCAAGAGGAGAGUGACGGAGCCGAGGUCGGAUGCUACGUCACGCUUCACAUCUGCAGUGUCCCAGUCUCCGUCAUGGAGAGCUUCCAGCGACAGCGCACGCCCCUGGUGCUCUUCACGUUGCUUCCCCAUGAGCAGAAGAUGUCUGUGCUGAACCUCCUGGUGAGACGCCACGCAGGCAACAGUGAGCCCAUCCGGUCCGGGGAGGAGCUGGCCAUCCACUGUGGCUUCCGCCGCUUCCGAGCCUCUCCUCUCUACUCGCAGCACAGCUCAGGGAACAAGCACAAGCUGGAGCAGUUCCUCCAGGCCGACACCGCCACUGUGGCCACGGUCUAUGCGCCCAUCACCUUCCCACCUGUGUCCGUGCUGCUGUUCCAGCAGAAGAGCAGUGGAGCGCACAGCCUCGUGGCCACGGGCUCACUGCUCAGCGUCGACCCCAGCCGGAUCGUCAUCAAGCGGGUGGUGCUGAGCGGCCACCCCUUCAAGAUCCACCGCAAGACGGCGGUCGUGCGCUACAUGUUCUUCAGCAGAGAGGACGUGCUGUGGUUCAGGCCCGUGGAGCUGCGGAGCAAGUGGGGCCGGCGGGGGCACAUCAAGGAGCCCCUGGGCACUCACGGCCACAUGAAAUGCCAGUUUGAUGGGCAGCUGAAGUCCCAGGACACGGUUCUGAUGACCCUCUACAAGCGGGUCUUUCCCAAGUGGACGUUCGACCCGCACGUGCCGGAGCCGCCUGCGAGGGGAGAAAGCCGCCUUCCCGGCCAGGAGGAGGAAGCCAUGGACUAGCGCUCAGCGGCUGCAUGGCUUGCCCAGUGCUGCUCAUGGCCGGGCUCUCUUGUAUCUCUAUGUAUCAGAGAAAAAUACGAUUUUCAAGAGACA